UAUAAAACAAAGAUUGCUAGAGAGUCGAGGGAAAGUGGUGGAAGUGGAGAAGAGCCUUCAGAGGCAGAAUCUCUGCUAGAUGACCUAAUUGCUCUUGCUGAUGACACUGAGAAACAGAGCAAUUUGAAAAAAGAAGCUGUCARCAAAGACAAACAAAAGGCAGAGGCAACACGCAUAGCAGCAAUGGAGAGGCUAAACAAGAAAAAGAGGUCAUUUSUUAAUGACUCAGAYGAUGACUCAGACGAUGAAGUAGUGCAAGUAAAAACAUCAAGUAGAAGAAGACCAUCAGACACUAUUGAGUGGCUUAGAGAGAAAGCAGUCACUGAUGCAAAAACCAAGGAGGAAGAAUUGAAGCACAAGAAGUUAGAGAUGGAACUAGCAAAAGAACAACAAAAACUCCAAGCUGAACAGAACACCAAUCAAAUGACUUUGAUUUUAAAACAAAUGGAGAAGCAGCAACAGCAGCAUUGGAUCGUCUGUAUAGUUAUAGUAAAUCAAACGAAGGUCAAACACGGCGUAGGCUAUAUUAAAAUUGUGAAACACUACAGAUAUGGACGCGAUGUUUACUGCUGGACCCUGAAGUGCCAAAUCAAGUGGGUACAGAAUGGCGGAUGGAGGAAGAAGAUGGGAAAGAACAACACUUAUUUGUUUUUAUGA